AUGCUAGGACGCCCUUGGUUGGUUGCAAGCAAUCUCAAAUGUUCUCCAAUUGCAAACGGGGGAGAGCUUUGGGACAAAUACCUUUUACGCUUAGACGAGUUGCCGAGAGCGAACGCAUUUUGGCUUGAGUAGCUUCUUUUUUUUUACAUGCCAAUAUUUAGUAGCUUUAACUCUUAAGCUUAGCACUGAAUCAAAUUGCGUUGAUUUGUGAGUCAAAAAAUUUACAAAGACAAGCAUCGGAAAGCUACGUGGUUGAAAUGUUCAAGCUUUUGGUUAGCGACAAGAACGUCUUAAAAUAAUCUCACCUGAUCAUCUUGAUAAAAUUUCGGAGAAGUAACAAACGCUCGGCAGUCGAAAAACCAUGGCGCUCCUAGAAUAUGUGAAGCAAAUUCGUUCCUUGUUCGACAACUCGAAUCCCUAUUGCAUAUCAGUUGGAUGUGUCUCUUUGCUUGGUUAUCUUAUUUGGCGGAACCGUUCUCACACUUCAAGAAUGGACUUGACCAAAAAAGCCAUCUUUAUUAGUGGUUGUGACUCUGGGUUUGGAUAUUCUUUGGCAUUGCAUUGCGCCAAUAACUUGGGAUUGUUAGUAAUAGCGGGUUGCUAUGUGCCUGGAGGAGAUGAAUCCGGAUGGAAAUCACUGGAAUCGAGCACCAAAGGAAACUUGAAACUGGUUCAUUUAGAUGUGACAAAGAGCCGUAGCAUUGAAGAAGCCGUGAAGGCCACGAAGGCCUUCCUGCACUCUCAGGAAGCCCGCUUGUGGUGUGUUGUUAAUAAUGCCGCCGUCUUGGUUUUUGGUCAAGCCGAAUGGCAACCCAUGGACAUGAUUCGUCACCAAUUUGAAGUGAACACUUUUGGAGCAUUCGCUUUAGCCAAAGCCUUUUUGCCCAUGCUUCGCGAGUCUGAAGGGCGUAUAAUCAACAUGAUCAGUUAUUGCACCGAUUGCCCAAUGCCAACUUUGACGGUGUAUACGGCAAGUAAAGCCGCCUUGAAGAGUCUUUCGAUUGGGUUGCGGGAGGAGCUCAUCACGAUCGGAGCGAAGGUGGAUGUGAUACUCUUCAACCCUGGGGAUCAUCCGUUUGAAACACCCCUUUGUUCCGGCCAAGGAGCAAAUUAUGAAGUAAUGGAAAAGGAAGUGGAGCAUAUUUCAGAUUCUCGCUUGUUCAAGGAUCACUUCCUUAGAUGUCGGGAGAAAUUUGCCGGUCUAUUUCCCAAACCGGAGCUCAAGCCCUUGGACAAUGUUGGACUCUACCAUUCUUUUGAAGCCAUGAUAUCUUCUCGCCAUCCAGACUUCGAGUACGUCAACUCUGACUUGAUUACGCAAGGAUUCUUUGGUCUGAUUAAAAAGCUUCCAACGCAUUGGGCGGACAAAAUGCGGAUUUCUAUGAUGAAAUUGCCAAAGUAAUGUCUUUUUCAGGAUAUGUUACAAUGCGAUCCAAAAGCCUCACUCUUACCAUGAUAUUGUGCAUUGCGCCUUGAAAAUAACAUGUUAUUCUCUUAAUAAAGUACGGCGCCAAAUCUGAAGUACGUCAGGGAAGACGAAAUUUCGGAAAUUCGGAAAUAUAAUAUUAUGUUUCAAAGUGA